AUGAACCAAACUGAAAAAGACGCGAUCUAUUCCAUCUUCUGUGAACUGACCAAAGAUGUUCAACCUAAAUAUAUUCUGGCCCCGCUAAUACAAUACCGAGUUGUGACACACGAAGACCUUGGCGGUCUGGAUGUCCAAAACUAUCUCAGCACCUCGAGAAGCGAACAGAUCCUCGUGAAAAUGAUCGAAACGUGUUCCCUGGAAACGUUUGUGAAUAUUUUACGUCAUGAAAAUAUAUAUGACCAUUUAGUCGAACUUGUUUUUGCAACAAUAUCGCAAUCGAAAGGUACAGAAAAUACUAACGGGGUCAACUAUCAAAAUGCAGGUGUGCCAUCACAGCUAUCCCGCAUUAACAUUUACACCGGAAGUAGAAAGAAAGUCAAACGGGUUGCUCAUUUGUUGAAGCGUCUCAUUCAUUUUGGAAAGGCUGAGGAGUUUCAAAAGAACGUCAACAAAAUUGAGUCGAAAUGGAAUUUUAUGAAGAACAAUCCACGAGUUACGAACGUCCAGAAGGCAGAAGUAGCUGACCUCUUGUUCAGUGCUCUGGAUUGCCAACUUGCCAACAUGAGAAUCAAAAACGAUCCUGGAAUGUACAAUCAUCAAUUCUUCAAAGAAAUGGUCGCAAUUAUUCCCUAUACUUCCAAUCCUAUUUUGAGCAGCAUGUCAUACACGGCUCGAUUUGGAGCCACAGUCAUCCUGGAAGAACCGUUGGACCAUGGGUUAGCUCAUCUGAUGACUGCGAAGAUGCAUUCUGAAAUGAUUGUACCGUGUAAAGAGGCCGGAAUGGUUUAUUAUCAAGAGAUUGACAUUCUGGUCAGAAAAUACGAAAUUGAGACUAAUGACGUCAUGAAACAAGAUAUGUUAAGUCGGUGUCGUCUGGCGCUAAAUCAGUUUGAUGAAGAGACGUCUGCAGUGAAGGAAGAUUUUACCCGGAUGUUGUUUCUGCGCAUGGCAAAUAUCUAUCUGGGAAUCAACGUGUUUGGUUCGGUGAUUGCGCAUGUUCAAAUAUCGGACGGGGAUCUCCGAGAAGCGGAAAAUUGUUUAAAAAUGGUGAAAUCCACAUGGAAUGGAAUGGACACAAGACGAAAGAUGUUUUACUAUAUUGCCAAAGCUGUGUUGAAUCAAAACCGGAACAGGCCCGACAUUGCUUUAGUCAAAUCGAAGCUUGCUCUAGAGUUAGCAAAUCAAGGAAAAUUCCUUAAUGAAAAACCGUCCAUCGAAAUUCUGAUUCAGAAAUUUGAAUUUGAAUUUGCCGCCAAUUGUGAGAACGAAAUUGGGGACACUAUAAACGACCUCGAUGCCAUCAUGGCUGACGAUGAAGAUUAA